AUGAAUCCCCGAAUCGAACCGAGAACCUCCGGUAGUCCCGCACGGAUAGAACCGAUGCAGUCGGUGCGAGCAACCCGGGGCAGCCGGGUAAAGCUGGAGUGCCAAGCGAGCGCCCGGCCCCCGCCACGGAUAUCGUGGUACAAGGACGGCCGGCCCGUCGCUGAUAUUGCUUUAAGAAGAUUCCGGGUGCAGAGUUUCAGAAGGCGCUCGGUGUUAGUGAUAAGGCAUGCGCGUCGCGAAGAUACAGCGACGUACGAGUGUAGGGCGCAGGGCGCUGUGGGGCCUCCUGCUAUAGCAUCUGCCAACGUCAGUGUUCUGCCGCCCGCCACAAACGCACCGGACACAUCGAUGCUUGGUGCGCCGUGUCCGAUGCCGGACCCUUCUUCCUAUUGCCUCAAUGGAGGAACUUGUUUAUUCUUUGAGCUAGUUCAAGAACAAGCUUGCAAAUGCCCAGAAGGCUUCAAUGGACAACGCUGUGAGAACAAGGACGUGUCGAACAGGAGCAGUAUGUAUCAUUCCUACACAUGCAAACUGGGCCUCUCCACGUCUUACUACUGUUAG